CGACUCAGAUUAAGUCUGAGGCCGGUAACAUCAACAGUGAGGACAGACCCAGCCUGCCUCUCUCCUUCCACACUGAGUCCAAACCUACAGUCACUGGGUCCUGAUUGUGACAGUGGAGCCCAGUUUGCACUGCAGGAUCCAGAGAUGGCAUCAGUGAAGCUGGAAGACUGCAGUCAAACACUGGAGCUGAAUGUCAUCAUUAAAGAUGAAGAAGAGGAGGAGAAGAUUGGAGACCACGUUGAGACAUUCUCUACAUCAAGAGAGAAACAGCAGGAAGAUGACAGAGCUAAGAGGUCUCACCACUGCCCACAUUGUGAGGAGAUUUUCCCAAUUCUAUCAAAGCUAAAAAUACACCUUAAAAUACACACAGGAGAUAAUCUGUAUCCCUGUACUGACUGUAGGAAGAGAUUCACGACAACAAGGUCUCUGACAGUUCAUCAGAGAAUACACACAGGAGAGAAGCCUUACUUCUGCUCUGACUGUGAAAAGCGUUUCUCUCGACUGGGCGACUUAAAAAAACAUGAACGUAUACAUACUGGAGUGAAGCCUUACUCCUGCUCUGACUGUGGAAAGAGUUUCUCUCGACUGGGCCACUUAAAAACACAUGAACGUAUACAUACAGGAGAGAAGCCUUACUCCUGCUCUGACUGUGGAAAUAGUUUCUCUCGACUGGGCGACUUAAAAACACAUGAACGUAUACAUACUGGAGUGAAGCCUUACUCCUGCUCUGACUGUGGAAAGAGUUUCUCUCGACUGGACCACUUAAAAACACAUGAACGUAUACAUACAGGAGAGAAGCCUUACUCCUGCUCUGACUGUGGAAAGAGUUUCUCUCGACUGGGAAACCUAAAAACACAUGAACGUAUACAUACAGGAGUGAAGCCUUACUCCUGCUCUGAAUGUGGAAAGAGUUUCUCUCGACUGGGCGACUUAAAAACACAUGAAAGUACACAUACAGGAGUGAAUUCUUACUCCUGCUCUGACUGUGGAAAGAGGUUCUCUCGACUGGGCCACUUAAAAACACAUGAACGUAUACAUACAGGAGUGAAGCCUUACUCCUGCUCUAAAUGUGGAAAGAGUUUCUCUCGACUGGGCCACUUAAAAAGACAUGAACGUAUACAUACAGGAGAGAAGCCUUACUCCUGCUCUGAUUGUGGAAAAUGCUUCACAACAUCAACUGACCUAAAAGUUCAUCAGAGAACACACACAGGAGAGAAGCCUUACUCCUGCUGUGAUUGUGUAAAAUGUUUCAAAACAUCAACUGACCUAAAAGUUCAUCAGAGAACACACACAGGAGUGAAGCCUUACUCCUGCUCUGACUGUGGAAAGAGGUUCUCUCGAAUGGGCCAGUUAAAAAGACACCAAGGUACACAUAAAGGAGAGAAGCCUUACCACUGAUCUGACUGUAGAUUUUUUUAGCUGAGCUAAAAGGGUCAUCAGAGAACACGCACAGGAGAGAAGAAUGGGCCAGUUAAUGGGCCAGUUAAAAAGACACCAAGGUACACAUAAAGGAGAGAAGCCUUACCACUGAUCUGACUGUAGAUUUUUUUAGCUGAGCUAAAAGGGUCAUCAGAGAACACGCACAGGAGAGAAGCCUAACGUCUGCUCUUAAUGUAGCAAGAGUUUCUCCCGAUUGGGCAAUGUAAAAACAAACCAACAGAUACACACUUGAGAGAAGCCUUAUCAUUGCACUGACUGUGAGAAGAGAUUCUACAGAUUGGUGUCUUUUUAAAUGGCCCAAUGUAUACAUAAAGGAGAGAAGCCUCAUCAGUUCUCUCAGACCAGCUAAAAUUAGCCACUCCACUUAAUUAUCAUCUAAUAAAAUAAUUGGCAACGUUGAAUUGGAUCAAAUGAAGAAAGCGUAGAUCACUGUAUUGUAAUCCUAUAGUUUCUCACUGUGAGAGAACUGUGCAGAGGAAAUGGAGCAUUAUAGAAUGUUAUGAUUUCAGUGCUUUAUGACAUCAGAGUUAUAAAUAGCUUGUCAGUGUAAACCCUGUCAGUAUGUGUUUUGUUCGCUUCUACUGUAAAGAUAUUAACAUAGACAACAUACACUGAGUGUACAAAACAUUAGGAACACCUUUCUGAUGUUGAGUUUGUCCUCAGAACAGCCUCAAUUCGUAGGGGCAUAGACUGUCCAAGGUGUUGAGAGCAUUCCACAGGGAUUCUGGCCCAUGUUGACUCCAAUGCUUCCCACAAUUGUGUCAAGUUGGCUGGGAGUAGAUCUCUACUCCGAAUAGCUCCUUCCUUCUCCUCCCACAGAUGCACAAUUGGAUUGAGAUCUGGUGACUCGGCAGGACCAUUGCAGUAAACUGAAUUCACUGUCAUGUUCUUGGAACCAUUCCUGGACAAGCCUUGUGGCAUAAUCCUGCUGAAGAAAUCUAUUUGCAGCUGGAUACACUGCUGCCAUGAAGGAUGCACCAGAGCAAAAAACAAUUAACUUUGGUUGCAGGAAUGAAAACACUGGAAAAUUUGAAAAACAUUGCCUGGUCUGAUUAAUCCCGGUUCCUGCUCUUUCACGCUGAUGGAAGGACUAGGGUAUGGAGAAAACCACGAGUACAUGCAAGUACCUAACUGUCAUACUUGAGUAAAAGUAAUGAUACCUUAAUGGAAAAUGACUCAAUUAAAAGUGAAAGUCAGACGGUAAAAUACUACUUGAGUAAGAGUCUAAAAGUAUUUGGUUGUAAAUAUACUUUAGUAUCAAAAGUAAAAGUAUAAAUGAUUUAAAAUUCCUGAAAUUAAGCAAACCAGAAGGCACAAUUGUCUUGUUUUUUUUAUUUCUAUUACAGAUAGCCAGGGGCACACUCCAACACUCUGACAUCAUUUACAAAUGAAGCAUUUGUGUUUAGUGAGUCCGCCAGAUCAGAGGCAGUAGGGAUGACCAGGGAUGUUCUCUUGAUAAGUGUGUGGAUUAGACCAUUUUCUGUCCUGCUAAUCAUAAACAAUGUAAUGAGUACUUUUGGGUGUCAGGGAAAAUGUAUGGAGUAAAAUGUACAUAUUUUCUUUAGGAAUGUAGUGAAAUAAAUGUAAAAUUUGUGAAAAAUAUAAAUAGUAAAGUAUAGAUACCCCCCCA